AUGGACCCUCAUCACGUUCAGCCCGGGCAGCCGGCGCCAUACCACCACCUGGCCGACGCCCACCAGGAAAAGGCUGCGCAGUUUCAAUACCAGCAACCGGUGUACGAACAGUACGGCGCCCAAGAACCGCCCAGGGGAGCGGCAGCAGAGCCAACAAUUCUCAACAUCACUCGCGGUGUCGCCCUCGCCGCGAUUGGCGUCGUGAUCUUCCUGCUUGUCACCGUCAUUGGCCUUAGCGCGGGUCUCGGCGUGAGCCAGCGGGACCUGCAUCAGGCACAGAGCGAUUUGGGGGUCGCCCAGUCCGCACUGUCGUCGGCGAGUGCCGCGCUGGCGACCGCUAUGAUCGCACCAUCUUCAACAACAUCCACGGGGCCUUCUUCUACUUCCGCUUCCGCAACACCUACAGUAACGCCAGACCAGAUCGACUGCCCCAAAGUCAACGGGACCUUCUACACAGCAAGCACGGGCGGGAAACAGUUCAAACGCCUCUGUGGAGUUGACUAUGGUGGCCAAGGCGAAGCAGUGGACAUUGGCCACGUCGAUACGCGCAACCUGGACGGCUGCAUCGACGCGUGUGCGGCCCGAUCGAACUGCACCGGUGCCGGGUGGGGAGUCAUCAAGGGGGAUAAGGGGCCGCUGCACUCGUGCUGGAUGAAAACGAACUUGACCAAGUCGCACAACGCCACGUCGGAUUGGGCCUUUGCGGUGUUGGUGAAGGACAACUAA